AUGAAUAAAUUGUUUGCUAUUACUUUAGUGGUACUUUGUUUCGUAUCUAAUACUUAUGCUUAAACUGUUCUUGGUAGGGCAGUUAAUUGCUCAACUACUGGAACUGAUUGCACUGGAUGUGGUGCUGGUGCUACUGAUGUUAGUGGUGCUUAGAAUUUAUUCAUUUUAAUUUCAGGACAUAAUUACUGCAUGUUUGCUGAUUGCUCAGCAACUGUUCCUGCAACAAAAUAAAAUGGUUGGAUGUGUAAUUCUUGCAAUGGAAUUGCUAGUAGUAUGGUAGCUCCAGGAAGUGUUUAUUCAGGUUCUAGCUGUGCAGCUUCUUGCACAGCACCUGCUACUGUUAACGCCAUGUAAAUUUGUUAGAAACCUGCUGUUGCUGGUAAUAAUGUUGCUUGCUCAACUAACGGAAAAGAUUGUACAGGAUGUGGAGCUAAUGCUACAAUUUAAGGAUUAUUUACUUAUGUUUCAGGUAAUGUCUGCAAAAUUACAGACUGUUCUUCAACUACCACCUCUAAUGCUGCAAAUUUGAAUGGUUGGGUAUGCAAUUCUUGCAAUGGUUAGAAUGAUUCCGCUGUUCCUGCUGGUUCAUAAUUUUCUGGGUCAACAUGCGCUGCUUCUUGCCCUUCUGGUCAAACUGCUUCUGCCUCAAACUCAUUUAUUUGCACUUCUGGUUCUAGUAAUGCUGUUAAAAUUGCAUUUACAAUCUUAUUUGCUAUUUUUGGACUAUUAAUCUGA